AUGGACCCCAAAAGAUCCCCACCACCACCCUCCUCGGCCACCAAAAUCACAAGAACCGCCAGUUCUGGUGGCAGCGGCUCAAUAAUACUAGAAAAAUACCAAGUUGGCCGCCUACUUGGCCGUGGCAGCUUUGCGAAAGUAUACCAUGCUACCUCAUUAGAUGACAAUUCAGAUGUAGCCAUCAAGGUCAUCGACAAGGCCACCACAGUGGACGCCGCCAUGGAGCCACGCAUAAUUCGUGAAGUCUCAGCCAUGCGCCGCCUCGACCAUCACCCCAACAUCCUCAAACUCCACGAAGUCAUGGCCACCAAAACCAAAAUCUACUUAGUCAUGGAGCUCGCCCCCGGUGGUGAGCUCUUUACCAAACUCAGCCGCCAGCGCAGGUUCUCCGAAUCCACCGCACGACGCUACUUCCACCAGCUAGUCUCCGCCCUCAUCUUCUGCCACCAAAACGGCAUAACCCACCGCGACAUCAAGCCACAAAAUCUACUCCUUGAUAACAAAGGGUCCCUGAAAAUUACAGAUUUCGGACUCUCCGCCCUGCCGGAGCAGAAAAAAGACGGCCUAAUAUACACAGCCUGCGGCACACCGGCAUACACCGCACCGGAAGUAGUCUAUCGCAAAGGAUAUGAUGGAUCAAAGGCUGAUGCGUGGUCAUGUGGAGUUCUUUUGUACGUAUUUCUUGUGGGCAGCAUUCCUUUUGAUGACAGAAAUUUAGCAAACAUGUACCGUGCAAUACACCAUCGCGCAUUUGAAUUCCCUCCGUGGGUUUCAAAACCCGCAAAGAAUAUUAUAUUCCGCUUGUUGGAUCCCAAACCCAAAACCAGGUUGAGUCUCGAACAGUUAAUCACACUUCCUUGGUUCAAAAUGUCAUUUCCGCAAGAAUAUUUGGUUUCACAUGAGCAUCAACUUUUCGAUCAAGAGUUCAAUUACUUGGCUAGAAUCAAUGCUUUCGACAUAAUUUCGAUGUCUUCUGGGUUAGAUUUAUCUGGGCUGUUUGAAUCAGAAAUGAAAUGUAAACAGAUGAGAUUUACUUCAAUUUCAGAGGUGGAGGAAAUCGAGGAAACGGUGGUGAAAAUUGGCGGAGGAUUGGGGUACAGAAUAGAGAGACGGAAAGCCGGGGGAAUUGGGUUGGUGAAGGGAAGGGUUUUUUUGGUGGUGGAAAUUUGGGAGGUGGCGCGUGAGUUAUGGUUGGUGGAGGUGAAGGUGGUUGGUGGCGGAGGGGGUGGGGAAUUGCAGUGGAAGGAGCUGAAAAUAGGUCUAAAUGAUAUUGUUCUGUCAUGGCACAAUGAAUCACUUCCUAAACAUGACGUUUCUGGUCAUUCACGAGUGAUCGAACAGUGUAGAAACUGA